AUGCUGUUUACAGACAAAUCAUGGGAAGUAUUCGAUCAACUAGCUGUAUCAUUAGGGAAUUCUUUACCUUCAGAAAGAUUCUAUAACGAAUUAGAUGAUAUUGAAAAUUUUAGUGAGUAUUAUGUUCAUUGUAAAUCCUUUACACAUCGGAAAAGUAGGAAUGCUCAAAGCAUAUGUGCAAAAGUUUUAAAAUAUUUAGGUACUAGGGAAAAUUUAAGAAAUAAUUACUAUACUUAUGAUGUGUGCUUACUUUUAAAUUAUUGGGUAGCCUCUAGAUUAAGUGCCUCUGUGGGGUAUAGUGAUGAAGAUUAUGUAAAAGAUAAUUUUGUAAAAAUUACAACCAUAUGGAAUACAUUUGUUCAUGAAGUAUUAAAGAAAAAUUCAUAUGAAACAUGUAAUCCAGUUAUAAGUGACAUUGUUCUUAAGGAUUGGAGACUGAGGAAGGAAUUGUAUGAUUACUAUGUUGAUUACGAUUACCUUAAAAGGAUGUAUAUAUACAAUGAAAAAGAUAAGGAUUACUGUACAUACUUUAAAAACAAAGUUUCAUUAUAUAAUCAUUUUGGUAGAACUUGUACAUCAGAUCCAACAAAUUUCUGCAAGGAAUUUAAAACUAAAUAUAAAGAUUGUCAUCCAAAUAAGCUUUUAAUUGAUUUUAAAUGUGAUAAUGAAAUAGAGAAAAAGAGUUUACGAGAAGAACAGACAGACAGAGAAUUACACGACGGUGUAUCACAAGGAGUCACACCUGAAAAUGAUACGCAAUUUACUAGAUUUUCCAUAGAUGGAAAACAAUCUUUUAAGACUUUAAACACAAAAAUUAAUAGAAUUAUCACAUUAAGAAUGACAGGAGGUGUAAUUCUAGGAGUAGCUGCCAUAUCGAUGAUUUGUGCCUCUUUACAUAAAGUAAAUAAGAAGAUCAUUAAUUUAAGUAAUUUCUAUAUAUUUUUCACACCCUUAGGAAUUUGGAUUAAUAAAAGAUUUGCUAAUAAAAAAUAUUAUAGAAGCAAUAUAAAUUCUGAGUUUAAUGAUGUAUAUGAUUAUGCGCAAGAAUCACAUAAUCCGUAUUACAACUUUAAGGAUGAACAUUAUAUUGGAUACCACUCGGACUAA